AUGAAGAAGGGAGAGUCUUCAGUGAGAAACAGGAUUGAAAAAGAAUCCAUAGCACUUUUUAAGAAAAAUUUACUGAAGGAAAGUUACAACUGGUUUAAGGAUACAGAUUACUUUGCAAAGCUAAAGAAGGAAAAUACGUAUUCCAAUAUCGAAAACGAAAGAGAGACAAAAAAUAUAGUAACGGGGCGCGUGCAGUUGGGAUGGGGAGGGACAUUUUUUUUAUUAUGCUGUGUUGUUGUGAUAUGUGAUAAUUCAGGAUGGCAAUCAUGCAACCAUUACAACAAUAGUAUAUUUUAUUCUCCAGAAUCGUUAACAGUGGUUUAUUCCUUUUUAUUUAUAAUGUAUGCAUUUCCUUUAUUUAUACUUCAUCAAUGUCUUGGAUUAUUAUCUCAAGGAAAUUAUGUAAAAUCCUGUAGGAUGUUAUCAUCUCAUAUGGAAAUAUUAUCAAUUUUUUCUCUAUUCGGAACAAUAACAUUUUGUGCAAAAGAAAUAUGCAAUUUUGCAAUUGAAUUUUUACAAAAUGUUGUUCGAAUGGUGAAUAAUACAUAUGGAGAAAAACAAUAUGGAAUGACAAAAGUUUUUAUAGAUUUGACAAAUAGAGGGAACAAGGAUUGUACCCUAAAUGCAGAUACAAUUUAUGUGGAAUCAUUAAAUCAAUGUAUAUCCUUUAAUAAAAAUGUAAUUGUCAAUUUUUAUGAAAAUUUAUGGUUCAUAGGAAAUGAGGAAAAUUAUAUAUACCUAAUUUUAAUAUCUACAAUAUUCAUUAUUUUCUGUUAUUUUAUCUUGUUAAAGGAAAAUUUUCGUGUUUUUAAAUUUUUUAUUUUUGUGAUUAUUAUUAAUUGGAUAACGACAAAGUCAGUUGUUAUUAUGAACACCUUUUUUUUUUACAUCCCUCAAGAGAAAAAAAUAUAUGAAGAAAUUAUUCAGAUCUUCAAAGAAAUUGGCUUUGUAAAAUUGACAAUCUUUCUAUAUAGCACCAUAGCGAGAAGUUCUUCUAUAUUUAUACUUAGCACUUUUGCAUCUUAUUUUCAUACCAAUACAAAUAUAUUAAAAAUUAGCAUGUACACAUUUGUCUUUUACAUUUUGAACAUGUAUUUUUAUCUCAAAAAUGAAGCUCACGAGUAUUACCUAUACAACAGUAAAGGGUUCGGGGGAGAAAUGAAGAAUUUUAAUUUCAUGAAAUGUAAUACGUAUGUAAAUUUGUUACAAGAACUUGGGUCAGCAAAUCAAUUGAAUGUCACUCCAUCAUUGGAGGAGACACUCUCAAACUCAGCUUUUUCUUCUUCUCCAUAUGGACAAAACGAUAUGUACGCAGUUUGGCAGAAAUUGUGUCUAUUUUUCAGCUCCUACUCAUUUCUUUUUUCAACCAUAUUUAUAGUUCUGAUGCAGUUGUUAGGCCCAUUCAACAUUUUAAUCGAAAAAAAAAAAUAUGGAUGUGAAGGUAAAUAUCCGGACGAACGCGGGAAAAAAAUUUACACAUACAAAUCUCUUGUUAAGAAGUAUGAACGGGACCGUAUGAGUCGUUCCGUUUCCAAUAGCAGGAAUUCCUUUUCUUCCAAAAAGGGAAGAAGCGCGACUGACAGCCAAAAUUCCAGUGGGAAAAAGCACCUCAGCAGUGCAGGUGGUAAAGAAGGGUCGAAUGAAAAAAAAAACAGUAAAGUAAAAAGUGGAAGACGUAGAAGAAGUGGAAGAAGUGGAAGAAGUGGAAGAAGUGGAAGAAGUGGAAGAAAUGAAAGAGGUGAAAGAGGUGGAAGAAAUGAAAGAGGUGAAAGAGGUGAAAGAGAUGAACGAAAUGAACGAAAUGAACGAAAUGAAAGAGGCAAAAAUAAUUUUUUUAGCCUGAGCAAUUUUAAAAAAUGGUGCUUUUUUCACAACAAGGAGAAUGAAGCAAACCGAGAGGAACGAAGAAACGAAAGUUCUUUAUGCCUUUCCAGAAAAAGUGUCAACCAGAUGCACACAAGUGGAGACACCCACAGCAAAUCAUCAUUUCCAAAUAUGCACAACGGAGGUGGGGGCACGGCUGCACGUUCCUACCGACAGGGUUUCGAUGGAGACUCUGGAAUUUUCAAUAUGGAAGCAAGUUCCUUCGAAAAUAGCAUGUGUAUCGAACGGAGGGGUGAAAAUUAUCAAAUGAAAAGGGUACAUUGCCAAGGAAAAGAAAAUUCCACUGUGUAUUCAGGUAGAAGCAACGGUGGCAGCAACAGUGGCAGCAACAGUGGCAGCGACAGUGGCAGCGACAGUGGUCGUAACACUGGCAACGACGUUUGUGUGAAAAAUACACCUCCUUCGUCAGGGGUGAGCAGGAAUUUAUUCACGGACUCCAGCUGGACGAGUGUGAGUUCAAGCAUAAAAAUAGCGGAUAGGGAGAAACUGAAGCAGAGAAAAAUGGUUGGGAAAUUUUACGACAACAUAGAGAAAGCCAGUAAAGAGUCUAAAGAAAACAUAAACAAUGAUGGGAAGGAGAAGAAGAGACUUUUGGAAAUCACGACACGAAUCUUACAACUGAACAACCGAAUGGUUAACAAGUAUGGGACAUUCCUACUGUUUAUAGUAAUAUAUAUAUUCACGAUUUUACACAUACUAGAUUUUGAAAGGAACAAAGAUAUUAUAAGUGAAAUUAUUUUGUACUCUUUAUAUAGGGGGUUCUUAAUAUUUAUCUUUGCAACUCAAGUUAUUUAUUCAUCAUGGAUUUUUGGAAUCAAAUUGCAAAUGUCACAAUGUGGUGUCAUCUCCUGCCUUUUAAAUUUUUUUUCUUGGGUUAUCAUACUUCCCUCAUUGUCACUAACCUGUUUAACCCAGGGUAAUUGGAUUCAGUUACUUAUCAUUGGACUUUUCAUAAACGCAAUUACGAUUGGAGUGUCCAUUUUUGAAGUUACCAUUAAGAUGUGGAGCAACACAUCAGGGGAAAAACAAGAUGGAAAGCAGAGAUUGGCAAAGAAUGAAAAGGAUGAACAGAACACUACAUGGAAUGAAAGGGAUCAACAUAUUGUAGAAAUUAAUCAACAUAGCUAUCUGACUCUUUUCAGAAAAUGCUUGUAUUGGUUAUAUAUUGGAAAUUUGGAAGUUUUGCGAAAAAACAUGAAUAUUGCCAUUUCAGGAAACGAAGAAAAAUAUAUUCCCCUUUUUUGGAGCUUCUUUUUGAAAUACAUAAACUCCUCUAUGCUGAUUGUCAUAAUUAUUUACAACACACGGGAAUACUUCUUCAAAAUGCUUCAUAUGUUUCGCAGCUCUUUCAGUCUCCGAAUUGAAUUCGGUUCCAUUCUGCUGAUUUUCCUUGGGUCCAUUCUCUCACUGGCAAAUAAUCUGCACAAGGACCAUUACAGGCCACAAAACAUUAUCAUACCGUCUGUCCCCAUGUUCUGCCAGGACAAAAAAAAAUACAUCUUCCCGAAUUAA